ACUCCCACAGCUCCAUAAAACAGAGCAGCUGCCUGCCUACGACAUGCUCCGCUUCCCUCCUUCCACUUCCUCGCCACCAACGGCUCGGACGGCCCCACCGCCCAGACCUGCCGCCAAUGGACGCCGCCGGACCACCGCCGGCCGUCGUCUACGUCAGCGGCGCUCCCCCUGAUGGCGCCGCUAAGACGUCCCUCCUCGGCCUGCCACCCUCCGCCGCUGCCGCCGCCGCCGCCCUCGUCGUCCUCCUUGUCCUCGCCGCGGCCGCGGCUGUCGCGUUCUUCGCGCGCUGGCGGGGCGCCAACCAGCCCUCGUUGUCGCGCGUCGAGCACGCGCCUUCAUCCGGCUCCGGCUCCGGCUCCUCCCUUCCGGCGUCUUCGUCCGCGCGCAAGGAGAAGGUCGACGUGGAGGUCGUCUGUGCGGGCGCCGGCGCGAGCUCCUCCGACGUGGCCGCCUCGUCCGCAGCCGCGAGCUCCCUCGAAUCGCCGGCGAGGAGGAAGGUGGAAGUAAGGGUCGGCGGCGGGGCCGCGGGGGUGGAGAUGGGGUGGGGGAGGUGGUACGAGCUGGCGGAGCUGGAGGCUGCGACGGGCGGGUUCCGCGCGGAGAACGUCGUCGGGGAGGGAGGCUACGGCACGGUGUACCGCGGCGUGGUCGCCGGCGGUGAGGUGAUCGCGGUCAAGGACUUGUUUGAUCAUAAGGGUCAGGCUGAGAAGGAAUUCAAGGUGGAGGUAGAAGCCAUCGGCAAAGUGAGGCACAAGCACCUUGUCGGACUCAUCGGUUACUGCGCAGAAGGGCCUAAACGGAUGCUCGUGUAUGAGUUCGUCGAAAAUGGCAACUUGGAGCAGUGGCUGCACGCCGACGCUGGGCCCGUCAGCCCGUUGACGUGGGAAAUCCGGAUGAAGAUCGCCGUCGGAACGGCCAAAGGCAUAGCGUACUUGCACGAAGGCCUUGAGCCGAAAGUAGUGCACCGAGACAUCAAGUCCAGCAACAUCCUUCUCGACAAGAAAUGGAACCCCAGGGUGUCCGACUUCGGAAUGGCCAAGGUCCUGGGCUCCGGCUCCAGCUACGUGACCACCCGUGUGAUGGGCACGUUCGGGUACGUGGCUCCCGAGUACGCGUCGACGGGCAUGCUGAACGAGAGCAGCGACAUCUACAGCUUCGGGGUGCUGCUGAUGGAGCUCAUCUCCGGGCGGAGCCCCGUGGACUACAACAGGCCCGCCGGCGAGGUGAACCUGGUGGAGUGGUUCAAGAGGAUGGUGGGGAGCCGGCGCGUGGAGGACCUGGUGGACCCGCGCAUCGGGUCGCCGCCGCCGCCGAGGGUGCUGAACAGGGCGCUGCUGGUCUGCCUCCGGUGCAUCGACUCCGACGAGCAAAAGCGGCCCAAGAUGGGGCAGAUCGUGCACAUGCUCGAGGGCGAGGAGUUCCCCUUCCGCACGGAGCACCGCUCGCCGCGGUCGUCUCACCGGACGUCACCGGGCACGCGGCCGUCGCUUCUGUCCGAGAACGUCAGGGCCGAGGACUCGGACAAGUCGAUGUGGAGAUGAGCGACCGCGCAGGCAGGCUAGGCAGCAGGGCGCGCACCUGACGCGACGCGAGGAGCUGGGCAGCUGACUUCUUCACCCGGUGUACAUUUUUGUUUAUCCGCGGCGGGAUGAAGGAAUGGAGGGUUUGCGACGGUGUUCGUCUCGGUUUGUGGUGCUUGGCGUAAUGUAUGGUUUGACACAUGGUUGAUGAUUUUUUUUCCCUUUUUGGUAAUGCUGUGGCGACUGACCAAACGUGACGACAAUGAUAAUGCCUAAAUAGAUGAUCGGUUUUCAA